GUUGACAGAGGGGGCGUGUUCCAGCGCCCAACGAUGACGUGUUCUUCCAGCGCCACGUCGUGAGGAAGUGGAGCAGUUGGAAGGCGCCGGGCGGAUCCGAGCAGGGUUACCUGUCUGGUGUCUUCUUGUUCUGGGCUCAUCUGCCAGGGCAGGAGCUAUGUCAUGGAUCAAGGAAGGAGAGCUGUCACUUUGGGAACGGUUCUGUGCCAACAUCAUAAAGGCGGGCCCAAUGCCCAAACACAUUGCCUUUAUAAUGGAUGGAAACCGUCGCUAUGCCAGGAAGUGUCAGGUAGAGCGGCAGGAAGGCCACUCACAGGGCUUCAACAAGCUGGCCGAGACCCUGCGCUGGUGUUUGAACCUGGGCAUCCUAGAGGUGACGGUCUACGCAUUCAGCAUUGAGAACUUCAAACGCUCCAAGAGUGAGGUAGACGGGCUAAUGGAUCUGGCCCGUCAGAAGUUCGGCCGCUUGAUGGAAGAACAGGAGAAACUGCAGAAGCAUGGGGUGUGUAUCCGGGUCCUGGGCGAUCUGCAUUUGUUGCCCUUGGAUCUCCAGGAGCUGAUUGCACAGGCGGUGCAGGCCACCAAGAACUAUAACAAGUGUUUCCUGAAUGUCUGCUUUGCUUACACAUCCCGUCACGAGAUCAGUAAUGCUGUGAGAGAGAUGGCCUGGGGAGUGGAGCAGGGCCUGCUGGAUCCCAGUGAUGUCUCUGAGUCUCUGCUUGAUAAGUGCCUCUAUACCAACCACUCUCCGCACCCUGACAUCUUGAUACGGACUUCUGGGGAAGUGAGGCUCAGCGACUUCUUGCUCUGGCAGACUUCCCACUCCUGCUUGGUGUUCCAACCCGUUCUGUGGCCAGAAUACACAUUCUGGAACCUCUGUGAGGCCAUUCUGCAGUACCAGAUGAACCACAGCAUGCUCCAGAAGGCCCGAGACAUGUAUGCGGAGGAGCGGAAGAGGCAGCAGCUGGAGAGGGACCAGGCUGCAGUGACAGAGCAGCUGCUGCGCGAGGGGCUCCAGGCCGGUGGGGACGCCCAGCUCCGAAGGACACGCUUGCACAAACUCGCAGCCAGACGGGAAGAGCGGGUCCAGGGCUUCCUGCAGGCCUUGGAACUCAAGCGGGCUGACUGGCUGGCACGUCUGGGCACUGCAUCAGCCUGAGUGAGGCUGGCCUCCUGCCACUUUGCCCUGCCCUCUGCCUCCAGGGCCCCACUCCCCUUUCUUUUCUUGGUGAAAGGCCCCUCCCUCCUAAUGAUGAAUUGUGUUUCCUUUGCUUGGCAAGGGAGCCUCAGAGGCCUGGUCUGCUGGCCACAGAUACACCUUUUGGACCGCCUGGCCCAGUGGCCCCUGGGAAGGGUUUAGAUGAGAGUGUCCACAAGUACACUAAAGCCAGCUCCGGUCAGCAGUAGGUUUGGAGAGCAGGGAGCCCCAGGUCUUCGCUGCCUGAUCCUUCUGCCUCUGCCGCUUCUGCCACCUCUACGUGUGCGCCAAAUGCACUUUAUUUUUUCACCAGCACAUCCUUUAACACACAGAAUUUCAGGGCAGAGGUCUACCCAAAACCCUAGCCCUUUACCAAUCCAUCUUAAUCUACCCGACUUUCACAAAAGAUUUGGCUCCACCUUGGAUCCACUGGUGAAUAGCUAAUAGGCAGCCUGCGUUAUUUGGGCAAGGAAGGGGAGGGAGACACAGAAAGAAAAUUUGCCCAUCUGCUGCUCCUCCCCCUGGGCUCUCCACCUGGGAUUUGCUAUUGAAUCUCUACCCCCCUCCCACCGCACAGCGCUGAUUGCUCACUGAAAGGCUCAGCGCCCCCAAUGGCGCUCGGAAGCCAAGCGGGUGAUUACAAUCCAAUUACCUAUUGUCGACUCAGCCCACA